AUGGACGAUAAGAACUUUCAGAUGGGUAUUCGUGAACGAGCUGUCACGGCAGCCGUUGUGGACGAUGCAGAUCUCGACAUCAGGAACAGCAACGAUGUUGCCGAUAUGGCCAGAUUGGGCAAGAAGCAGCAAUUAGGCGAUAUGGCUUAUGGAUGUGCUGUCGUUGAAAGAGCUCUUGACGACACCCAGAAGAUCCAUCAUGCCACAGACAGGCACGACCUGACAAUGCUGAUUGAUUAUCGACAGGUCUUCAAGAGAAACUUCAACUAUCUAUCUGUCUUUGGCUGGAUCAGUAUCUACAUGGCCACAUGGGAGUUCGUCCUCGUAUCUCUCGCCAUUGGCCUCUCGAACGGUGGCUUCGCUGGCCUGUUCUGGACCUUCAUUGGCACCGUCAUAUGCUAUAGCAGCGUUGUCCUCAGCUUAGCUGAGAUGGCCUCUAUGGCCCCAACCGCCGGUGGCCAGUACCAUUGGACUAGUGAGUUCGCACCACCUAGUUGCCAGAAGUUCUUGAGCUACUGUGCUGGCUGGAUGAGCACAUUGGGCUGGUUCGCGAGUACGGCGAGCUCAGUUUUUGUCUGCACAACUUUAAUUCAAUCGCUUGUGGGAGUCAGGGACGAGCAGUAUGCAUUCUCAAAUUGGCAAUAUACUCUCCUCAUGCUAGCUUUCCUUGCCGUCACCAUCCUUUUCAACACUUUAGGUUCGGGAUCACUUCCUCUGAUUGAGACAAUCUCGCUCUUUGGACAUGUGGGAGGCUUUUUCGUCACCAUUAUCCCAAUCUGGAUUAUGGCACCCAAGAAUUCUGCAAGUGAUGUCUUCACAAGCUUCUCCAGCACUAGUGGAUGGAACCUUGGUGCUGCUUGUCUUGUGACCCAGGUGUCUAUACUGUACUGCAAUUUGGGCUCAGACUCGAUCGUCCACAUUGCCGAAGAGGUCAACAACGCUAGCGUCACAGUACCACGCGUCAUGUGGUGGUCAUACGUUCUGAACGCCACCCUCGGCUUCGUUGCACUCAUCACCAUGCUGUUCUGUAUCGGCAGUCUCGACGACGCUAUCAACUCGGAGUCGCCCUACCUGCAGCUCUUCCUAAACACUGGCUCUCACGCCGUAGCUUACGUCCUGCUCAUAUUACUCUUCCUCCUCAUUUACUCCGGCAACAUUACCUGCCUCGCCACAGCAAGCAGAGAAGUAUUCGCCUUCUCACGAGACAAAGGCUUUCCCUUCUCUCACCUCUGGAGCAAGAUGAACAAGAAGCGCCAUGUCCCAGAUAACGCAGUAUACAUCACAUCCAUCGUCUCAGGCAUAAUCUGCCUCAUCAACCUCGGAAGCACAAUUGGCUUCAAUAUUGUUGUCUCCCUGAACCUGCUCGCCUUAAUGAGCACCUACAGCCUGUCAAUCGGCUGCAUCACAUUGAAGAGGCUUCGAGGCGAGCCACUGCCACCAGCACGAUGGAGUCUAGGUCGCUAUGGUCUACCAAUCAAUGUCUUUGGUUUCUUUUACUCGUUGUUCGCUGUGGUAUUGAGCUGCUUUCCGGCCUAUGUGCCGACGGACACCAGCUCGGCGAAUUGGGCGCCUGCCGUUUGGGGCGCUGUGGCUAUCUUGAGUGUUGUGACGUACUUUUUGCAUGGGCGGAAACAUUACACGCCACCUGUUGUGUUUGUGGAGGGCAAGCGAGUUGGCGGAUUACAAGGGACAGAGUAG